GAAGUUUUGGCUCCUAACGCUUUAGAAUGGGUUUUUGUGGCUCUCUACGUCGUCGUCUUCAUCGUCGGCAUAACAGGAAAUCUCCUUGUCUGCAUCGUCGUGUGCACUGAGAAGUGGAUGAGGACAGUCACCAACUUGUUCAUCGUCAACUUGGCUCUGGCUGAUUUUUUGGUCAUUCUUGUCUGUCUGGUGCCCUCUGUGAUCACAAACCUCACUAAAACGUGGUACUUCGGAGAAACCAUGUGCAAGAUGCUUGUCACUUUGCAGCUCAUGUCAAUCUCAGUAUCAGUCUUAACACUGAGCGCCAUCGCCGUGGAAAGAUAUUACGCCAUUUGCCAUCCACUGAAGUUCCAGGCAACCAUCAAACGAACGAAACUGUUCAUUCUUCUCAUCUGGAUUGUCUCUAUAAUUGUGGCUAUGCCAGAAUACAUUACGGUUGACACU